CAGCGGGAGAGGCUUUCCUUCAAGCUGUUAGUGUUUUAUCCUGGCAGGCUCCUCGAGGUUGUUGUGAGGAGUCUAGCCAGUUGGUGAGCUUUGUAAUCUAAACCAGCUGUCCCAAGCUGAGGCCCCCAUUUGCAUUGUUUAACAUACUUAGAAAAUGAAGUGUUCAUUUUUAACAUUCCUCCUCCAAUUGGUUUAAUGCUGAAUUACAGAAGAGAACUAAGCAAAACCAGGUGCUUUCUCUGUAUUCUCUCCAGUGUCUGAGGAGGUACAGACGGCUCCCGAUCCUCUCCAUUACUUGCCAUUUCAUUCUUUGGACUAUAAAUGACAGAGGAACUGAAGUGCUAGCGGAGGGUAAUGUUUGGAAAAACUUUCUAGUUAUUCAUCAGCACAGACUCUGUUUUUUUUCCACCUUUCCCCGACGGUUUUGGACAUGCAAGGAUUAAGAAGGAUACUGACUGCUUUCACACUGGCUGUCUGCCUUUCAAGCCCUGGAAAAGCACAGCAACAAUGCACUAAUGGGUUUGACCUGGACCGUGCCUCUGGGCAAUGCAUAGAUAUUGAUGAAUGUCGGACUAUUCCUGAGGCCUGCAGAGGAGAUAUGGUGUGUGUCAACCAGAACGGUGGCUAUUUAUGCGUACCCCGAACAAACCCAGUGUAUCGAUCACCGUAUCUGAAUCCUUAUUCAAAUAUUUAUCCACCGCCCCCAGCACCAGGCCCUGUUCCUAACUACCCUACUGUUACGAGACCUCUGAUGUGUCGAUUUGGUUUCCAGUUGGAUGAAAACAAUCAGUGUGCUGAUGUGGAUGAAUGCGCUUCAGAUUCUCACCAGUGUAAUCCCACCCAGAUCUGCAUAAAUACCGAGGGGGGCUAUACCUGUUCCUGCACUGAAGGCUACUGGCUGUUAGAAGGCCAGUGUUUAGAUAUAGAUGAAUGUCGCUACGGCUACUGCCAGCAGCUGUGUGCUAACGUGCCCGGCUCCUACUCCUGUACCUGCAACCCAGGCUUCACCCUCAAUGACGACGGAAGAUCGUGCCAAGACGUGAACGAAUGUACCAGUGAAAACCCUUGCACUCAGACCUGCGUCAAUACCUAUGGCUCUUUCCUCUGUCGCUGUGAACCUGGCUAUGAACUGGAAGCUGACGGAGUUAACUGCAGUGACAUGGACGAAUGCAGCUUCUCAGAGUUCCUCUGCCAGCACGAAUGUGUGAACGGACCUGGUUCUUACUACUGUAUCUGUCCUUCGGGCUAUAACUUGCUUGACGAUAGUAGAAGCUGCCAAGAUAUCAAUGAAUGUGAAACUAGAAACUUCACCUGCACUGCGCAGCAAACGUGUUUCAAUAUCCCAGGAGAAUAUAAAUGUUUAGACCCAGUACGAUGCGAGGAGCCUUAUCUCCAGAUUAAUGAGAACCGCUGCAUGUGUCCAGCUGAAAACCCCGGUUGCAGAGAUCAGCCGUUCACCAUCCUGUACAGAGUGAUGGACAUGGUGUCUGGGAGGUCUGUGCCUUCAGACAUUUUUCAGAUGCAAGCAACAACUCGCUAUCCUGGAGCCUAUUACAUCUUCCAAAUCAAAUCAGGGAACGAGGGCAGAGAAUUCUACAUGCGGCAAACGGGACCGAUCAGUGCUACUCUGGUGAUGACCCGUCCCGUGAAGGGGCCCCGUACUGUUGAGUUGGACUUGGAAAUGAUCACUGUUAACACCGUCAUCAACUUCAGAGGAAGCUCUGUCAUCCGGCUGAGGAUAUUCGUAUCACAGUACUCCUUCUAAACCUUGAGUUUGUGCCCUGGAAACAUUAAACCAAAAGAGACAGUUCCUCCUCUGCAGAACUCUCUCCUCAAAAGCCAGUACAUAUAGCAGCUCCAAACCAAAUCACUAUUUCUACAGACCCGGUGACCUAUGCCUGUCUGAGCAGGGAGGCCUCUUCAUGCACAGUCCCUACCAGGAUGCAGACAUCUGAAGAUGUAUUGUCAGCAGAUCCCAUGUGAUUCUCUAAGUGGUCAUGUAUUUUAAGGACUCUUCUUUUUGCUGUAAACACUUCUAGGGCAUAAGUCUAUGUGAAAGACUGUGAACCUUUGUAGCUCCAAGGCUGCUUAGCAAAAAGCACCAAAGAAACUGAGGAAAAAGCUGGCUUUUGCAAUCUUGCUUUUUUUUUUUUUUCCAUUAUAAAUGGAAAGCAGAAAAACAAGCAGAAACAGAAACAAAAUCCCCACCUAUCAAAACAAGGGAUGUCCGGAGUCCUAACUUGCAUUCCCAAUUAUCUCUGGAAUUAUCAGUCAGGCACUUUGUCUCAAUUCACCCUGCAUUUGUCUUAGAUUCACCUGUUUUUUAUUUGAUUUUAUUUUAUAGUUAAAAUUCAUUGUAAAUUCAUUCCAAAAUACAUGUUGUACUAUGUAAUCUUUUACUUUCUUACAAAGUGUCACAUGUUUGGGUUCCUUCCUCUAUUAAAUCUUUCUAUAUAACAGAGUUCACAGAAAUCUAUCACUGGAUGGUGUGUUUCACAACAUUUAGGAUUGUAUACUUAUUUGCACUCAAGAUCUUUGACACAGGCUUCCACUGCCAGAAUAAUUUCCAGAAUGAUUUCCAGUAGGGACUUUGGAGCAGAUAAGAAUCAGAAUUUUAUUUUUCCCUAAGUGUGAUAGUUACAGUUUCUAAUGGCUACCAGGUUGUAAUACUAUCUCUGUACUUAUAGCUGCAACUAAUCUCCUGUUCAAAGACUACUCAGGUCAGACCUGUCCAAAUUCCUUCAGAAAAAAAUGAAGUGUUCUUUUCACCUGCAGUGUCUCUCCUAUAUUCCUAACACUGGGGAAAACAAGCUGAAAAGGACUAGGACCAUUAUCAUUUAUGCUUCUGUCACAAAGCAGCAAUACCCCAAUCUCAAGCAACGGGAUCCCCCAGUCUGCACAGGCAUUGUUUUCUCAGGUAUAACUGCUGUAACCAAUAUAAAGUUUCUCCUUAAGUCCAAUCCGAAUCUCCAAGAAUCUGUUGCUUUUUAGUCUACUUGCACUAGAAAUAGAGAACAGUUUAUCUUCCCCUUUGCAGCGGUCUUCAACAUGUCUGAAGACUGUUGUCAUGUCUCCCCUCAGAUUGUUCUUCUCUAGUCUAAACAAACCCAAUUCUUUUGGUCUUUCCUCAUACAUCACAUUUUCUGGACCUUUGAUCAUUCUUGUUGCUCUCAUUUGGAUUCUCUCCAGUUGGUUCACAUCUUUCUUGAAGCACAGUGCCCAAAACUGUUAAAAGUAUUCCAGCUGAGGCCUCUCAGUGCUAAGCCAAAUCUCUAUAUAUGUUUAGUAGUUUGAAAAAAAAAAAUUAAAAAUUGUAUAGUUUGAAGGUAUAAGCCACUGGCACUUUGUUCUUUUAUUUUAGUCUGGAUGAGGGUCCCUAUGCCUUGUUCUUAAAUUUAUCUAAAUCAAGCUCUUUUGCUUUGUUUUUUCUUACUGGCUUAUUUGCUCUCCAGCAUUGCUAGGGCCAGAAAGAUAACAUUUGCUUUGUCUUUCUGAGGACUGGAAGUGCUCAGUGCUACUUGGGAGAAGGAGUUUAUGAAGAUUAUAAUGCGAGCAGGCAGGAGCAGAGUAGCAGCUUUAUGUUAGGUCUUCAUUAAAGUGGAGUAUUAAAUGGGAGAAUACAGACUUGGAAAGUUAUCACAACACAGACUGCAUGACACAAUCAGAAAAUUGAUUUUUGUUCCUAGAAAGCUUUGUGAGUUAGUCUGGAGUUGAUUUUCCUCAGCUGUAGUAGAGAGUCCGCUCUUUUUCCUUGUCCUCAGCUUGAAGGAAGCCCUGAUGCUUUCAGCAGGGAAAUGCUGAGUUGAGCAGCUUCUGUUUCUUAAUGGUUUAAAGGUUUUCUCUGUGCUGCUACAACAUCCCAGGAUGCUGCAGCUCAGAGCUCUGUACAAGGCUGUCCUUUAUUGUAAAUACAAAAAAGCUGGAGUCUGACUUCAGGGUUUAGUGGGCCAAGCUGAGGGCGGGAAGCCAAUGAGUUUUGUGAGUAGCUGACUUGGAGGAGAUGAAUGCAAAGGAAACGGGCAGAGAAACAGUAGAAACAAGAAUUUGUUUCCUGAGUGUAUCAUGUCUCAUCAAAUACCACAGUCUUGGCGGGAAAAAUAGAGAUGAUCAGGAAGGAGGAAUGCUAGUUUAUAACCAUUGGUCUAAAAGUGCUCAUGUGUCCCAGAUGAUGGAAGUAAAACAUGGGAAACAUGCAGGCUCUGGUGGACCAGAGAGCAGACAAGGGGCAGGCAGGAUCUUGCAUUGAAGAUGUCAAACUCUUUAAGUUUUCCCAGUGCUUAAAAGCCUCUUUUUGUCCCCCUUUGUGCCCCUGUGUUAUGGCUUCUUCAUGUCAUGGCUUCUUCAUGUCCAGUUGAGAAGGCCUUUUCUUCCUAUCAUCACAUCUCCUCCUGGAGAGGAUGCACACCCUGUCAGACAUUAGAUAGUUUCUCACUUCUGGGCUGUUCUCCCAUGACCCCCACAUACCAACCUGAUUUAACCCUAAUUUAGAAACAUCAAAACUCAGAGGAAUUCCAUAACAAAACACUUUGUUAAAAGAGUAAAGCUCGAAUGCUUGGUUUUAGCAGGGUCCAGCAAAUACCCAUAAAACAAUAUUACACUUUCUAUAUAAACAGUCUGCGCCCUAAAAAAAAAGUGAAAAGUCUGGAAACAAAGGAAUUCAGCCACUUCUCAACUGCCAUAACAUCUUUCAUCACUCGCUAUCACUCCAGCCAACUUAAACUUUGCCAAAAUAUAUGCCAAUCUCAAAAUAAUAAAUUACUAACAGUUUAUAACAUCUAAACUCUCCAUUUCAUAUCAGGGGCCUGUUUCCAAUAGCCCAUCGCAGGCUCAUAUAUUACAGCAAUUCUCACCAAAUAAAAACAGGGACUACGCAUGCCCAGUUUUUACAGCAUGAAAGUUAAAAAUGCAAACUUGCAACUGCUGCAUACAUUCAUGUUCUCCUUUGAGGCCAGGACUCCCUAAAAGCAGACAGAAUUCCAGGUCGGCUCAGAAAAUGGUUCUCUAUUCUAACCCAGUACAGAGGGUCUUCUAACACAAGCAGUUUUACCAUAUGGUUAAUAGAGAGUAUUCUGGCUGCACAGAUGAGGUCACAGCCCCUGGUCUGGGUACGUGUGGCUUCCCUCUGGCUCUGCUCACCCUGGCCAAGCAGGAAAGGGACAGCUCUUUGCCUCUCCUGCCUGUCAGCUGUCAUGUCUGUUUAAAUGUAGGUCCUCAGGAGGAAGACUGCCCCUCACUGCGUGUUUGUACAAUUGUGUGUCAGUGCAGUAAUGGGAAUAAAGGUAAAAGAAAGUAGUAAUGGCAGUAAUCUUUGCUAGAGAUCACCGUGAUUUGGAAGGAGAAACUAUUCUGACAAAUGAGCCAAGUGAUUCAUGCUAGUCGGCUUAGGUGCCAGAGGGAGAAAAAUGGCAAGAGAUGAAUGAUCCAGGGUUAUAGACCUGAACAGAUCCUAUCAUCUGGCUUAUUUGGCUUUGAGAUAUUUUUAGGGGAUUGACUUUUUUGACACAGACAACAAAAUGUUAUUUCAUUUAAGAGUUUGCUGGAUCCCACAGAAUCGCUUUUCAACUGGUGAUUCUCUGACUACAAUACCUUUGCUGAAAAUAAGUAAGCUUCUUUGAGGACUGGUCACCCACCACCACUGAGUGUAGUGCCUAGAGCCAUUCACACAGAGCUCUCUCCUUUUCAGUUGGGGACCUGUACUCAUAUUUACCCUUUUUUGACCUCACUUUUAGAAGAGGCAAAUUCUUUUCUCUCAUAAACAUGGUAUCAGCAUCAGCAGAACUCACACAUUAAUUUUUCUCUGUCUAGAGCAAGCAGAGCAAUAUAAUCAGUACAAUUUGCAAGUUCUCCAGUCUGGCUUAUUCAUAGAAUAUGCUACUGAAUAUCUUCUGUAGCAUAUAGCUGUAUUAGAACAUGGAAAUGUUGUAGCACAGAGUUGUUAAAAAAAAAAAAAAAAAAAAAGAAGGAAUAAAAGUAUACUUUAAUGUUAUUAAAUGCCUGACAGGCAUUGUUGUUAAAAUAAAUCUCUAUCCUGGGUGGACAAACCCCUCAGCUGGUGUUAAUUUGCAUGACUGAUGCUCUUCAAUGCAAAGAUAACAAGUGUCCUUGGACUCUUCAAUGUGUGUUGUGUAAAGUACUGCACGUGUAUCUGCAUACAAGGAGAAUUUACAAAAGCUGCAGAAGUGGUAGUGUGGCUCUGCAUUUGGAAGUCAAAGAGGUGUAAGAAAACACGGUACAAGCAAAUUCUGUUUCCUUAUCUGACACGAGUGCAGACAAGUGAUUUACACCCAUCACAUCAUGUUGUUUUAAGUCUUUGAACCAAUUUUGAAUAGCUCAACCCCAAAACAGGUGCCAUGCAUGAAGACUGAGGCUGCAGAAAGGUGACACGUGCUGAAGGGUCAGUGCCACGUGGAGUGUAAUGCUCCAGAGGUAUUUGUGUGGGGAUAUCUGUGAUACUUCCCUGGCCUCUUUCCUCACCUGUUUCAGUGCAGACUGCAACUGAUAUUUUUAAGUGUGCACACUGGAUAUGGAAAUCUCACCUAUUCUCAUUCUUAGUUCAGUCCUCUGAGAUCCCUCUAGUGGUUUGCAUUGGCCAAACUGAUUCUUCUGUGUAACUCAACUAAUACUGGUGAAGCCACAUGAGGGAGAGUUUGGGUACAAGGCAGAUGCACUUUUACACCAGCAAGUAAAUAAUGAUGCAGUAACCUCAAUGUAGGAAUUGAGGAAUGCAUGUGAGUAACAAAGGGAUCUUUAGGAAACACUUCAGCAACAAGAACUCCUGAAAUAUUCAGUCUCUUUCAAUUCCCUUUCCUGUACCCAGAAGUCACUCAUUUUCCCUCUGGGGUUUGUCCUGGAUAAAUGAGCUUAUUAUGGUCAUGCACUGCAAACACAUGCUGAGUAAUCUCCACUUCUCUGGCACUGCUAAACAUUUUGCAGUUUGCUUUUUGCACAUCAGUUGUAGGCUAUUUGUCUUUCCUAGGGUCUGACUGACCUGAGUUCCUUUUCUCACAGCCAAGACAGAUACCAGAUCCAUUAUUUCCCAGUCAGGUUCUUCUAUACCCAUCACCUGUACAAGGUCUUCAUGUGUUUCACUGGAGAGGCAGGCACUGCCAUGUUGGUAGGCAUGUAUUGGGUGUGAAUGGCUGAAGGGAUUGCCCAGCCUGCUGGCAGAGCCUGGCUUCAUGAAUAGGAUUUAAAAAAAAAAAAAACCACAACUCCUCAGUUUUGAAAGUGAGAGAUGUUCUUUUAGGUCCUGAUUAGUCACUUUUAUCCCAAAAUUGCAUUUGUAUCAUGUUGGCCUGAUAGUCUCAAGGCUUUCUAAGAAGCCUGAUAAGGACACGCGUAUGAAAUACAUCCUUAGGCUUUACCUGAGUUGGAUGAGGUUUUUCCAAUUUCCAAAAAGAGCAUUUGGUCCCAGUCAGAGAGAGUUUAAUGUGAUCGUCACUAUGUUGAAGUCAGUGAUCACUAAACAUCCCACAUCAGGUCUGGAUUUAGGCCAGCUUUAUUUUAAAUCUCAAAUCCCAGUGUCAGUGGUAUAAAUGUAAGCAGAUAUGUAUUAUUUUUACAGUAGAGAUGAAAGAUUGUUUCCAGUAAAUAAACAGUAGCAUGAUUGCAGUAUCUCUUUCUCUUUGGGCACUAUCUUCGGGUACUUUGAGAUCUCCUGAGAUAACCUUUUACAUUUCAACAUUUCUUCUGGUAUUUCAAGACAUUCACUGAUGUGUUUCCAUGAAUGAUUUCUCACUCCUGUUCUUCAAAGGCCAACCCAGGCACUUGACUUUGUUUUUUGUUAAAACAUGAAGCUACACCCAAACACUUGCAUAGUCACAGCUCACACAUCACUCACAGAAAUUGUUCCUCUCUGUAACCUAUAGGGAUUAUGCCAACUUCCUUGGGAUUCUGCAGCAUUCUGAGUAAUGCAUGUGCAUGUGUUUGUCAAAACUGAGACCUCAGUCUGGAGAUUCUUCAUCAGCAACUUGCUGCAAAUGUUCUGCAACCAACAUGUGAAAUCAUAGCUACAAAGAUUAGGUUUGCCAAAACUUCUCAAAACAUGGUGUUUCUUGGCUGCCUACACAUAAUGCAAACACAAUUUGAAAAUCCAGGACCAGAGUUCUCCAGUAUUCAUGAGAAAUUCCUGGCUUUAAGAAACAUUUUGGUCAGUAAACUAAUUUUGUAGAUUAUGUGAAAUGCAAAGAGGCAGAAGGCCCACCAAGACUAUAUAGAUUUGUUAUUCAAAUCAGUAUCCCCAAGAAACCUUGAAUCCAGCUCAUCAUUUAAAAAUACUCCUUUGGAUUCUGACAUCUGAUGCCAUUCAAGCAGGGCAGGGGGACAGAAAAAUCGACUACUUCCAAAAAAACAACAGCUGCUCAAAGAGAUCUCUGAGCUCCUGCAGUGACCAGAAACACCUGUUAGCCCAAGUCUGCACCCCCCGUCAGUGAGGAAGGCACAGGCCCCAUAGAGACAUUUCUCACUGUGUUUCUACAUCUAUGGAACGUUUAAAAUGACCAAAAUUAAAAGGACCAAGCUGUUGCUUACCACACACAUAGUACCUGCAGCUUUAGUGUAUCUCUCUGCCGCUCCCCAGCGUUGUGCUCAUUUAGAAUUACCCAGUCUGAUUUGGUGUGAGUUGACAAUGGUGUGACAGCAUUCAGUUCACAGCAAUGUAAAGUCAUACCCAUGGAUGAAAAAAGAUAAUUAUAGAGAGAUAAAAAGCUACAGUUGAACCAGAAAUGUAACAAAAAAGAGCUUGCUGAUUAGUUAACCUUCAGUGCUUUGGUUAUGAUACCAUUGCCAUGGGCAAAAGUAAUCAACCUGAAAAACAAAAUAUUUAAAAGGAGAUUAUGUCCUUAGAAAGAUAAGUGUCUAUGUAGCCUAUAAAUAGCUCUGAAAUUAAGACAUCCCACGCAACAUCUGGAAAAGAGAGAAUUCACUCCUUGACCUCCAGCAUCACUGUCUCCCAAGGCAGGAUCAAGGGUUGAUCCUUAUUAUGAUACAGACACAAUGGCUGUUUGAUGGUCCAGCCAAGAAAGAGGCAGGCACAGCCAGGGGCGAGGGGAGGACACACCAAGAUAAUGCAAAAUACUAAGGAACGCUCUUAUGUGCAGGAUCUCUGAAACAAAUCUCUCCUGCUGUAUGAAGCACUUCAGCUUUGCUUAGGAAAUGCUAACAGACACCUCAAUAAAAAUAGGGGGGCAUUCAUGUGUUUGAAUGCAGCAUCAGUUUUCAAAAAAAUGACGCCCUGGUCAAUCUGUUACCUAAUGAGAUGCACUGGACCCAGAAACCUAUAAAUACAAUUUUAGGUAUAGAACAUAUAGUAUCACAGGUAUAGCUGUUGUUAUACCAACAGUUUGUCCUGCAGCCAGUACAGGUGCAAGGAGGAGAACUCACUGCCCAGCUCAGAGGAUGCUCUACAGAACUUCUGUUUCUGCUUAAACAGUCAUUUCCCUAACUCUUACUUGCAGGCUGUCUGGAUUAAUAAAUAUGUUAUAUUUUGUAAUCCUCUUUUUGUUGUUGUUGUUUUUGAAGAGUAGUGUUUUUACUUAAUUUAAAAUGGAUGGUUUCAAUGUCCCUCAUCUGCCCCUUUAACCUAUAACCAUUACUUCAUUUGUAGCAGAAAAUGAGCUUUUAAUUCUUGCACUGUUUUACAGCUUGUGAACAAUAUACCUUGAAUAUGCCAGUAGGGAUUAU